AUGAUUAAUGAUAUCCGUCCUGUUCAAGCCUCAAACUUAAUUGUUAAAUUUGCAGAUGACAUAAAUCUAGGGAUUAAGGUCACAGAUGAUAGUGACGCCUCUUAUAUGGAAACAAACAAUAUUAUCAACUGGGCGGAAAUAAAUCGCAUGAAACUUAACUAUAAAAAGACGUGGGAGAUGGUCAUUCGCGGGAAGAUAACCCGGCCACUUCCUGCGCCUCUGCCUAUGAUUGUUCGUAAAAGUUGGUUGAAGAUACUUGGUGUAACGUUUCAAGAGAAUCCUUCCAUGUGGGACAUGCAUCUAGUUGAAUUAAUGAGUAAAGCCUGUAGCAGAAUGUACAUUAUUCGGACUUGCAAAUACUACGGGUUUUCUAGGAAAGAGCUGGAUCUUCUGUUCCAUAGUCUUAUUUUAUCAAUAAUAGUUUUUGGUAUAGAGGUCUGGGGAUGUGCGUCGUAUUCUAAGUAUCUUAGUCAAGUAGAUAAACUUUUAAAACGUGCAUAUAAGUAUGGAUAUCUUAUGUAUCAGGUAUCGAUUGUUGAUAUAUUAAACAAUAAAGACAGAGAUUUAUGGGAGAAAAUAACUACGGAUCCCAACCAUGCCCUACAAGUUUUGCUGCCUCCUAGUCGUCAACUGGAAUUACGCAAUCGCGGACAUGAGUAUGAACUACCGAGAGUUCGAACAGAAAGGUUUAAAAGAGUGUUCGUUAAUAGAUGUCUUUUUAACUUCAUAUGA